GAGUCGCACAAUUAUGAAAAAGCAACCUUCCGCUGGAGCUGCAGCCGAGGCAAAUUUCUCCAACGUCAACUGGGCUUUCCUUUCAAGGCACACCGAGAACACCGCCGAUAGAUGGAUAAAAGCCACGGCGAAGCUCUUCCUGAAUCUCAACGGUGAAGAGAAUGUCCCAGAAAUCCUGGAUAGAAAGCACUUUCACCAAGAGGGAAUGUGUGUACAUACUUCCAGUGUCAAAAGAUCCCCACAGAUGUCUUCCAGGAUGCCAGAUCUGUCAGCAGUUGGUCAGGUGCUGCUGUGGACGCCUGGUGAGGCAGCACGCUGGCUUCACGGCCAGCCUGGCCAUGAAGUACUCGGACGUGAAGCUGGCUGAAAACCCCAACGCCUCGCUGCCGGAGCUGGAGGAGUGGUCCGUGGACAAACACACGGAGGAGAGCCCCACUGACGCCUACGGCAUCGUCAACUUCCAGGGAGGGUCCCACUCCUACAGAGCCAAGUAUGUGCGGCUGUCCUAUGACUCGCGGCCGGAGAGCAUCCUGCGGCUGAUGAUGAAAGAGUGGCAGAUGGAGCUGCCCAAGAUCCUCAUCUCUGUCCACGGAGGAAUCCAGAACUUUGAUCUGCACCCUCGGAUCAAACAAGUGGUGGGCAAAGGGCUGAUCAAAGCAGCUGUCACCACCGGGGCGUGGAUACUCACUGGAGGGGUGAACACAGGUGUGGCGAAACACGUAGGUGAUGCACUAAAAGAACACUCUUCCAGAUCCUCACGGAAAAUUUGCACUAUCGGGAUUGCUCCCUGGGGGGUCAUCGAGAACAGGAACGACCUCAUCGGGAGAGACGUGAUAGCUCCCUACCAGACCCUGCUGAACCCCCUCAGCAAGCUGAACGUCCUCAACAACCUGCACUCCCACUUCCUGCUGGUGGAUGACGGCACGGUGGGGAAGUAUGGCCCCGAGGUGCAGCUGAGGAGGGAGCUGGAGAAACACAUCAACCUCCAGAGGAUACACGCACGAAUUGGCCAGGGCGUCCCGGUGGUGGCUCUGAUCUUGGAGGGGGGUCCCAACGUCAUCCUGUCUGUGCUGGAGUACCUCCAGGAGAGCCCCCCUGUCCCCAUCGUGGUGUGUGAGGGGACCGGCCGUGCUGCCGACAUACUGGCCUACGUCCACAAGCAGACUGAGGAAGGAGGUGGACUACCUGACGGUGUGGAGACUGAAAUCAUCGCUACUAUAAAGAAAACCUUUAACUUCAGCCACAGCGAGGCCAUCCAUCUUUUCCAGACACUCGUGGAGUGCAUGAAGAGCAAAGAACUGAUCACUGUGUUCCACAUUGGCUCGGAAGACUACCAGGACAUUGAUGUUGCCAUCCUGAAAGCAUUGCUAAAAGGAACUGAUGCAUCUGCGUUCGAUCAGCUGGUUCUGACUCUGGCCUGGGACAGGGUGGACAUUGCCAAGAAUCAUGUGUUUGUCUAUGGACAGCAGCUAUUGGUGGGUUCCCUGGAGCAGGCCAUGCUGGAUGCCCUGGUGAUGGACCGGGUGGAGUUUGUCAAGCUGCUGAUAGAGAACGGUGUGAGCAUGCACCGCUUCCUCACCAUCACCAGGCUGGAGGAGCUGUACAACACGAAACAAUCUCCAACCAAUCCUACUCUCUUCCACCUCGUGAGGGAUGUCAAACAGGGUAACCUCCCCCCAAACUACAAGAUCACCCUGAUCGACGUGGGCCUGGUCAUCGAGUACCUGAUGGGCGGGACUUACAGGUGCAACUACACCAGGAAGCGCUUCAGGAUCAUCUACAACAAUCUCCACGGCAACAACAGGCGGUCUGGCCGCCACGCUGCAGGGUCAGGCGGUCACCUGAGGAAGAACCACGAGGCCUUCAGCAUCCAGGCCGACAAGAAGGAGAAGACCCGACACAAUCACUUCAUCACCACAGCGCAGCCCUACAAACCCAAGUUGGAGUCGACCAAUGAACAGUCCAAGAAGAAGAGCAAGGAGGAGAUCGUGGACAUCGACGACCCGGAGACGAGGAGGUUCCCCUACCCUUUCAACGAGCUGCUGGUGUGGGCCGUGCUGAUGAAGAGGCAGAAGAUGUCCCUGUUCUUCUGGCAGCAUGGCGAGGAGAACAUGGCCAAAGCCCUAGUGGCCUGCAAGCUCUGCCGCUCCAUGAGCUACGAGGCCAAGAAGAGCGACGUGGUGGACGACACGUCGGAGGAACUCCAGGACUACUCCAAUGAGUUUGGAACCCUGGCCGUGGACCUCCUGGAGCAGUCGUUCAGGCAGGACGAGACCAUGGCCAUGAAGCUGCUGACCUACGAGCUGAAGAACUGGAGCAACUCCACCUGUCUGAAGCUGGCCGUGUCGUCGCGCCUGCGCCCCUUCAUCGCCCACACCUGCACGCAGAUGCUGCUGUCUGACAUGUGGAUGGGACGCCUCAACAUGCGCAAAAACUCCUGGUACAAGGUGAUCCUGAGCAUCCUGGUUCCUCCUGCCAUCCUGCUGCUGGAGUACAAGUCCAAGGCUGAGAUGUCCCACAUCCCCCAGAGCCAGGACGCUCACCAGAUGGAGGACAGCGAGCACAACUUCCAGCACACGUCUGACGACAUCCAGAUGGACGUGUUCAAGGAGGCGAGAGGGGACGACAAUGUGGAGGUGAAGACCGAGGCGGAGACUCACGUCCGCUCCAGGAGACUACCCCUCACCCGGAAGUUCUACGCCUUCUACCACGCGCCCAUCGUCAAGUUCUGGUUCAACACGAUGGCGUACCUGGGUUUCCUCAUGAUCUACUCCUACGUGGUCCUGGUGAAGAUGCCAGAGUGGCCCUCACCUCAGGAAUGGGUCGUCAUCCUCUACAUCUUCACCUCCGCCAUCGAGAAGAUCCGAGAGAUGUUCAUGUCCGAAGCAGGGAAGAUCAGUCAGAAGAUCAAAGUGUGGUUUGGUGAUUGUUUUAACCUCUCUGACUUUUUGGCUAUCGUCACCUUCUUCGUGGGCUUUGGGCUGAGGCUGGGAGGAGACGACGUGUUCAUCCCAGGCAGGAUCGUCUACUGCCUCAACAUCAUCUUCUGGUACGUGCGGCUGUUGGAUAUUUUGGCGGUCAACCAGCAAGCAGGACCCUACGUGAUGAUGAUAGGGAAAAUGGUGGCCAACAUGUUCUACAUCGUGGUGAUCAUGGCUGUGGUCCUGCUGAGCUACGGCGUGCCCAGGAAGGCCAUCCUCUACCCCAACGAGGAGCCCAGCUGGAGCCUGGCCAAAGACGUGGUGUUUCAGCCCUACUGGAUGAUGUACGGGGAGGUGUACGCGUACGAAAUCGAUGUGUGUUCCAAUAGCUCUGAGAACCAGAUGAAGCCCCUGUGUGCAGCCGGAGUGUGGUUAACACCCCUCCUACAAGCAGUCUACCUCUUUGUACAGUAUAUACUCAUGGUCAACCUUCUCAUCGCCUUCUUCAAUAAUGUGUAUCUGCAAGUAAUGUCCAUCUCAAGCCUGGUGUGGAAAUAUCAACGCUACCACUUCAUCAUGGCUUACCAUGAGAAGCCAGUCCUCCCGCCCCCCCUCAUCUUCCUCAGCCACCUGGUGACUCUCUUCUCCUGCAUGUGCAGGAGGAAGAGGGAGAACCGCACACAUGGACCAAAGUUGUUUUUGACUGAGGAGGACCAGAAGAAGCUCCACGACUUUGAGGAGCAGUGUGUCGAGACGUACUUCCACGAGAAGGAUGAUCAGUUUCACUCUGGGAGUGAGGAGCGGAUUCGAAUUACCUCAGACAGGGUUGAGACCAUGUGCGUCCAGUUGAAAGAGGUCGGGAACAGGGUUAACUUUAUCAAGCGCUCUUUGCACACUCUGGACUCUCAGAUUGGCCACCUGCAGGACCUCUCGGCCCUGACGGUGGACACCCUGAAGGCCUUGACUGCCCAGCGGGCCUCCGAGGCCAGCAAGGUCCACAACCAGAUCACCCGCGAGCUCAGCCUCUCCAAGAACGUGGGCCCGAGCCUGGGCCCCACGCAGGGUGACGCUGGCCCCCUCUCCAAGUCAUCCGUCCUGGGCAAGCGCAGCGUCGGCGCCUACUUCAGCUCCUCCUUCGCCCAGCCGCCUGCCAACAUGGCUGACUCUCUCUUCGGGAGUGGCGUGGAUGGAUUCGAUGGGUUGGGUCUCGGCCGGAGGGCAGGGCCUGGACCGGCGCUGGACCCUUCCCCUAGCCCAGCUCUGAGCCCAGAGAGGAUGGGUCUGACUGGGCUGGGCCACCUGGCUGCAGAGGCUGGCUCCUCGGGCAGCCCCAGUGCCAGUGCCUUCACCCUCAGUGCCGUGACCACGUCCCCGCCAGGCCUACGUCACAGGGGCCGCUCCUUCACCCAGAGGCAGCUCACCCGUCCGCAGGAGCCUGGCCUCUCCGACUCCCCCUCCAGCCUGCCUAGCGUGCCAUCGCCCGACGCCCACUUCUACGUCAGCACCCCGUCUCAGCCAAGCGGCUCCAGCCACCCUGAACUCACCCUGGGGGGAGGGGCCCAUGCCGACCCCAUCCAGCCAGAUAGUGUCACUGUAGAGUUUGGGGCGUUUGUGGGUCAUAAAGACAACCUGGAGCUGCAGUGCUCUUUCCCCAAAGAGACACCGUCUCCUAGCCGACAGCUCAGCCCAGCCACGCUCAUCAGAGAACAGUCACAGCUGGAAGGUCACGGUCCCAUGAGGACAGUCAACUCCUAUGCCGGCUUCACCGAGUUCGACAGGAGCCCGGCCUUGCUCCAUUCAGAAGCCUCAGCUCUGACUAAGAGAGAGAGGAACAGAGUAUCGGCCGAGGACAUCAGGAUCCACGAGGACCACAGGGCUGCGCUGCUGCUGGAAAGAGUGCAGGUCAAGUCAGCACAAGCCAGCAGUCUCAGGGCCCCAGGGGAAGACACUCUGAAUGCUGCUGCGUGUCUCUACACAUCCAGACAUGCUCACCUCGGACCACGGAAAGACUCCAUUGGAUCCCCCUUCAAGCCAAUGGAAAGCUACCAGUAUUCAGCUGUAGAGCGUAAUAACCUGAUGAGGCUGUCCCAGAGCAUUCCUUUCACCCCGGUUCCCCCUAGAGGUGAGCCUGUGACAGUGUACCGCCUGGAAGAGAGUUCUCCCAACACCAUCAACAACAGCAUGUCCUCUUGGGCUCAGCGGGGUCUCUGUGCCAAGAUCGAGUUCCUGAGCAAGGAGGAGAUGGGCGGUGGACUGCGACGGGCCCUCAAGGUGCUCUGUACCUGGUCAGAGUACGACAUGCUGAAGCCAGGACACCUGUACAUCGUCAAGUCCUUCCUGCCGGAGGUCAUCCAAACCUGGCAGAGCAUUUACAAGGAGGACACCGUGCUGCACCUAUGUCUCAGGGAAAUCCAGCAGCAGAGAGCAGCUCAGAAGCUGACGUUUGCCUUUAACCAAAUGAGGCCAAAGACAAUCCCAUAUUCCCCCAGGUUUCUGGAAGUUUUCCUGCUGUACUGUCACUCUGCUGGCCAGUGGUUCGCUAUAGAGGAAUGCAUCACAGGAGAGUUCCGGAAGUUCAACAACAACAAUGGAGAUGAGAUCGUCCCUACCAACCUGCUGGAGGAGACCAUGCUGGCCUUCAGCCACUGGACCUAUGAGUACACAAGAGGAGAACUGCUAGUGCUGGACCUGCAAGGAGUCGGGGAGAUUUUGACUGAUCCGUCUGUUAUAAAGAGUGGCGAGAAAGGAUCCUAUGAUAUGAUAUUUGGACCUGCCAAUCUAGGGGAUGACGCGAUUCGAAAUUUUCGAGCAAAGCACCACUGCAAUUCCUGCUGCCGGAAACUCAAACUUCCAGAUCUGAAGAGAAAUGAUUACACACCGGACAAACUGACCCUACAACAGGACGACUCUCAAGACCCCGGGGGUGGACUCAGGGAGUCCCGUCAGUCCAUGAGGCUGAUGCUGUAGGUGACCUGGAUCCACCCCAAACGGCCAGUGUUUGUCCCCACGGUGGAGGGCCACAGAGGUGCUAAGUACGCACACCUCAACUGGAAGAAGUCACGCCUGUGUUUCCAUGGACACCGAUGCAUGCAGACUGUGUUACGUUUUUGUUUGUCCCACCAGACGCGCGCAAAUCAUAAAACAUGAUUCUAUUUUUAAGAUAUGUAAAUGAGGGGUGGGGGGGGGGUGACUUUUACAAAUGUUUUUUACAAGUUUGUAUGUUAAUGAGUAUAUAUAAAUAGCUAUCAACAGGUACAAUAUCACUGAAUAGAGAGGGCAUAGUAUUUAUUAUGAACAAUAAGGUGUUGCCUUGUAAAGAACUUCAGCAAUUUUAAGUGCAUUGUCAGUUGCAGCAGUUUUGAAAGGGACUUCCUGCUGAUGGGCAGUCUGCAAGACUUAACGCAGAAUGUCAUCAGAUUUCUUUAUUUUAUUUUAUGUAAGUGUCAUUGUAUUAUGGCAUUUGUGGUUCAAACUUAAUGAGAAAAAAAAAAAACCUGGAUUUGAAAAUCUUGUAAAAUAUGGGCAAAUUGCAAUGCAACUUGUACAGUACAAUAUAUGUCAUUUUUAUGUGUUGAACUUUUGUGUGUCCACCAAAAAUUGCUGAUAGAGUUUUUAAUGUUACAAAGGUACUAUUCUCAUUUCUUUGUCAUCAAGUAUUGUAUGAGCAAAUUACAAUCUAGUGUAUCUUAUAGAUACUAUUAUCUGGCACGAGUUGAACUGAUGAAAUAAUGAUAUUUUAUGCAGGGGAAGUGAGAAACUUAUGGGUAUAUUACUGUAUACAUUUUUUUUCUUUUUUUACUGUAUAUCAAUUUAAACUAAUAAAAAGUA